UGCCAACAAGUUCCUUCAGCAGAGCAGGUUUGUUAAGUUAAAUGAGGAGUGGCUGACAUUUCAGUUGCGAUAUCCGAGUCGCUCCAUCAGUAGGAGCCUCCGAUUUGUCCUUCCUGGUUAACCUUAGGCGAGCAAGGAUGAAGCGCAAGACGAGCAGGUGAUCGGCAGUGCUCAGCCAGAAGGCUCGUCCGUCUCGGCGUCCUUACUCCAUUUUUCAACUAUGGACGCUUCGAAAAGUCCACCGAGUGUAGCUGAGGGGGCGCGGCGGCUGUUUAACCCCAAAUGCUUUAUUCACUGUAUAGCCGUUUUAUCGUUGGUGCCUUAUCCAGUGUUCUGCAUAAGUUCUGUACAUACAACACAUGUUACGGAGAUGAGGGACCAGCAUUUUAAUAAAGAAGAUUUUAUUCAGUUUGAAAAUAGCCCUGAAAAUGUCAUUGAUAACUAUAAUCUCACAGUUAAAUAUUUGUGCUCACAGCCAUGUGUCAUUGGUGUGGAGGUUAUAGCUUCCUCAGAACUAAGAACAGGAAAAUACAUUUACGUGAAGUUGUGGCAGAAUGAAAAACAAUUAUGCCUCAGGAGGUCUCUGAAAGUAAUGUUGAAGUUCCCUCGCAUUAUCAUUUACAGAACUGACUUUUUUAAUAGACACUCUAUCAUAGCACACAAUGUAAUGUUAAGAGCAUGGAUUGUUCACAAACAUACAUUUAAUCAUAGCAGUGGCUACAGGGCUGCAUAUGAGAAUGCUGUAGUCAGGACCUAUUCAAUUCUAAACACGCUACCUCCUUUCCAGCGCCCUUCAGGAGAGCAAAAAGGCUGCCUUGGAUGGUAUACUGAGUGGCAGUGGAGAUUAACAGAAAACAAAAUUCCUCAAUGCCUUUCUGAGACUGGUACAGUAGAGAUUUUGAAGUUUCCACAUGCAUCGACUGGCCAGAAAUAUGGAAUUAUAAAAAAGUUUUAUCCUUUCAUUAACAGAGACUUAGAGAAAAUCAGAGUGCAAGCAGUUCAUGCUCCAAGGUUUACUUACUCCAUUUGGAUUUACUUACUGAAUGAAUGUAAACAAAAGCUUUGUGGAAUUAUUCAUUUCAUAAAUUUAAACAAUUUAUAUGACACCCCUAUGUUAUCAGUAAACGAAUCAGGUGAUUUAAUAGUCCAGGUUCAUCAUGCUUCAGGCAAUGAUGGAGCUUUUAAGAGUUAUCCAAGACUUUCUUUGAGAAAAUGGUAUCGCCUUGAUCUUUCUUUUGAUGCAGCAAAGGCAACAUUAACAGUUUCAUCAUGGAAAAAUAUGAAGGAAACAACAGAUCAUAUUUUCAUAUACCAGUUCCAAGAAGAUAUUCAUUUUAAUGACACUUCUGGAUAUCUUGUACUUGGAGGAAGCAAGUACAUGCCAAGUAUAGAAGGAUUUUUUGGUCCUACCAAAUAUUAUCGCCUUAAUUCCAAGCCAUCCAGCAUGAGUUUUGAGACAAUUGCUUCUGGUAGUCUGAUGGAAAGGAUUGAUCUUUAUUACCAGGAACGUGAACGUGUAAAAGCAUUAACCCUUACAUUUUUAAAUGUACUUAAAGAAAGUAGAUUUCUGAAUGAUCAGCGUACCUGUGACGCCUCCUAUUACUUUUUAAAAAACAAGUAUGGCGAACUUCUUAGGUGUGGCAAACUUCUUUGGACAUGGGAAAUACAAACAAAAUACAAAGAAGCUUUAGAUCUUCUUGUUAUUAUAGAAAAUGACUUAUAUUCAGGACCUUGGAAUUCUGAUAUUAUAAAAGAAUUUGGUAAGAAGCUUCAUGAAAUGGCUGACAAAAAACUGAAGAGCCCAGGAGGUCUCAAGUUAGUAAACACCCUAAUUCAGUCUUUGAAGGUUUCCAGCUUUUGUGGUUGUCAUGAUGCAUCUUACUAUUUGUCAGUCAUUUAUGAAACUGGUUUGGGAGUGCCAGCGGAUUUCCAACAGGGGCAUCUUUACGGUUUGGUUGGUGCUCAGGGUGAUGACAAACUGAGUUUAUUACAUCUUGGUUAUAAACAUAUUUUCGGGUUUGACGGAUAUCCCCAAGAUUAUGACCUAUCCUACAGCUACUAUAGUAAUAUUGGCCAUCAAACUGCUUUGGAUAAGUGGAAAGUAGAAAAAACACAGGCUUAUGUUGAAACAAUUAGACUAACAGAUGAUAUAGCAUUAAAGGAGCAAACCAAUGAGAAUGGGGACAAAUUCCAGUAUCUAAAUUACCAAGCACAACGGGGGGACUUAGGUGCUCAGCAUACCUUGGCAAGAAUGCUUUUUUGGGGGCAAAGUGGUGUGACAAAGAAUGCAACGGCUGCUGCACAGUGGUAUGCAAGAAGUGCUCUGGAAAUUGAAGAUCCUCAGUCAAUGUAUGAUUUCUCCAUUGUAUUGUUUAAGGGACAAGGAGUGAAAAAGAAUAUUACAUUUGCAUAUAAACUGAUGAAGAAAGCAGCUUCAAAGGGGCUGUCUCAAGCUCUAAAUGGUCUAGGAUGGUAUUACCAUGCAUUUAAAAAUGAUACAGUGACAGCUGCAAAAUAUUUUGAAAAAGCUGCCAAAAAUGGAAAUAAAGAUGCUUGGUAUAAUUUGGGAUUGUUUCAUCAAAGUGGACAAUACCCAGGUCAUCCAGAAAAGAAUGAGACUGCUGCUUUUCAGCACUUCCUGACAGCUGCUUCUGCUGGCCAGGUAGAUGCAGCAAUGGAAUGUUCUUUCUUCUAUGCCACAGGGAAACUCAGCUCUGCAAAAAGGGAUUCUCGGCUUGCCAUCCAAUUAACAAAGCAGAUAUCAGAAGAUAAUGGCUAUUUAGGGUUCAUUACCAGACAAGCAUUAAAUUCGUACUUAGAGGGAUCUUGGUCAGAGUCUCUCCUGAACUAUCUUUUGGUUGCAGAAGCCGGAAUGGAAGUGGCACAGUUCAAUGUUGCUUACCUUUGUGAACAAAUGCCAGAUUUGAUGAACAUUACAAGUGGAGAUUGUGAGUGGAGGUACUACAAUUUUUCGGUUGCUCAGUUUUUUCCAUCAACUUUAGCUUUUUUAAAAAUGGGAGACUUUUAUUAUUAUGGACAUAAAAAUCAAACAAAAGAUAUUCAUCUCUCAAUGGCAAUGUACAUAAAUGCUGCCCUAAGAAGAGAUCCACAAGGAUAUUUUAAUCUAGCCCAGCUGCUUGAAGAAGGUCAUCAUAUUCCUCCUAAGGCUUUGAAAUUUUUGAACAUCGAAAAAGGGCAGAGUAACAUCUCUCUUAUCCUUAAAUUUUAUGAAAGGUGUAUAAACUAUGAACCUGAAGAGAUGUUGUCCCCAUGUUCAAUGUCUUUCUUGCGUGUCCAACUGCAGAUUGUUUGGAAAAGGAUUCUCAGCAACCACCUACAUAUUCCUCUGGUAUACAUUAUUGGAACUGUUAGCUUGGUAUCUUUUAUUACCAUUCUGGUGCAAAAUGUCAGUUAUGAACCACCUGCACAAUUGCAAAGAGAGCAAAAUGAUCAAAGAAAUGGAGAAAGCCAAGAAGACAAUUCAUCAGCCCGUCAUGUUCACAUGCCUGAUUAUAGAAUCUACUGGUUUCAUUUACUGAAGCAAAGAUGUAUUCAGCAUGCAAAUUCUGUGAAUCAUUGGCUAAGACAUCAUCAGGUAGCUGAAUGGUCCUGUACGCUUCUAGGGGUUUGUUUGAGUAGCAUGUACAUUCUAGCAAUCAUCUAUUUGUUGUAAAAAAAAAAAACAGUUUGAUGGUUAAUGUUACAUGUUUAUGUGUGUUUAUUUUCUUUAGUCUUAGACUUCUGAUGGUCUCUAAAGCAGUCAUUAUUCAACUUCUAAUUCUGUUUUGGUUAUUAAAAUAUCCAUAGCAAUGGACCUUGGUUAAACAAUACAAAUAUAUAUGCAGUAAGUCAAUGGACAUUAUUGCUCGGUACAAAUCGGUUUAUGCUGUACAGAUAUUUGUCACUGUAAAGAGCAAACCAAUAAAUGUAUAUGUUCUGUUUAUUGA